AUGGAGGACGGUGGUGACUGUGCCCAUGACUGCUGCCUGCUCCAGACGUUUUGUUCUCAAAUCUGUUCGACCCAGAAGGGGGCCUGUUUAGCCCACCCACUCCAGCCAUUGUCCCAGUUUUCCCCACAGGGCCCACACGUGGCUCCCUUCCACGGCGGCUGUGAACGGCAUGAUGACCUUCCCACAGUGAGGAAACUGCACACCCUCACUGCUAGGGGGUUGGUCCCUGCUAUUUAUUUUUAUAUUUAUGUCUUAGCUCUUCAGCAGACUGCACCCUCCCCAGGCAGAGAAGGGACGGUCUGGGCGAGGACAGGCUCCUUCUCUGGGGACGUCUUGGUUCUCAAGGUAGGAGACGCUGUUGCUCCCUCCUUCCUCCCAAGAGGCAGCGCUUGA